AUGGCGGAGCUCGUGCCCCGGACACAAUCCAUUGCCGAUGUGUAUCCUGCUGACACUCCUGGGGACUUCAAGGUCGCUCCAGAUCAACAAGAGAGAUGGGCUGACUUGAUCAAGCGGUUCAAACAGCUUCACGGCCAGCUCCCCGAUUUUGUGGCAAGGAGUCCCGGAAGAGUGAACAUAAUUGGGGAACACAUCGAUUAUUCGCUUUACGAUGUUCUCCCAACCGCCCUGCGCGUGGAUGUCUUGGUUGCCAUAAGGACCGUUGAAACAGAAGGCUCCGAUGGCACCGUGAAACUCGCCAACGUCAAUGGCACAAAGUUCCCUGUCCGCGAGUUCAUUGUGCCUGGUGGCCGUGACAUUGAUAUAGACGCCAGCAAACCUGACUGGGCAAACUACUUCAAAGCGGGAUUGCUGGUAGCACUCAAAUUUCUCCGCGAGAAAUCCGGCAGGAGCAGCUUCGUCCCUUUGAGCAUGCAAGCCUUGGUUGACGGAACUGUGCCGCCAGGCGGCGGUGUCUCUAGCAGUGCGGCAUUCGUCUGUGCCAGUGCUUUGGCCGUGGUUAAGGCCCACGGCCAUGAUAUCUCAAAACAGGAUCUAUUGGAUAUAUCGUUGGUUUCCGAACGGUCCGUUGGAGUAUACUCGGGAGGGAUGGAUCAAGCAGCAUCCAUCUUUUCGCGUCGUGGCUACCUACUAUACGUCCACUUUUUCCCAAAGUUUCGCACUGAAUAUGUUCCCAUCCCGAAGACGGAACCGGAAAUAACAUUCUUGGUGGCCCAAAGUUUUGUUACCUCCCACAAGGCGGAAACCGCUCCGAAGCACUAUAAUCUGAGAGUGGCUGAAUGCACCCUGGCCGCACUGGUUCUAGCGAAACUUCACAGCAUUGAAUUGCCCAAGGAUGCCAGUUCAUUGGGUUACAGCUUUCGAACCUAUCACCAUGAGCUGAUGCGAAAAGAAGGUCGUUUGCAGGAUCCUCUUGAAUAUCAAUUGGACUCGAUUAUUUUGGGGGUACUAGAGCUUCUCACACAAGAGCAAGGAUAUACGCGGGAGGAAAUUGCUCAGAUUCUCGGACUGACUGUCCCGGAUCUCGAAUCCAAGUUUCUAUCCGCUUUCCCAGUCCAAGCAGAGCGGUUCCUGUUGCGCCAACGCGCACUCCAUUGUUUUAAAGAAGCACGAAGAGUCUUGGACUUCAAAGCAUGCCUUUCCAGAGCCGAUCAUCUCGAUGAACACGGUGUCAAUUACUUGGGACAGCUAAUGAAUGAAUCACAGGAAUCUUGUCGUACACUCUAUGACUGCUCGUGCCCUGAAGUCAAUGAAAUGUGCGAAAUUGCCCUUCGCGCCGGAUCCUUUGGGAGCCGUUUAACUGGCGCUGGCUGGGGCGGAUGUACUGUCCAUAUGAUCCCACAAUUGAAGGUUGACGCUGUUACGUCGGCUUUGAAGAGAGAAUACUAUGACAAACGAUUCCCCGGCCUAAGCGAAGAAAAGUUGAAGGAGGCCAUGGUGAUCAGUAAACCUUCAAGUGGUUCGUUUGUAAUUUCCGGCAGUGCGAUUACCGAUGUCAUGCAAGGGGACCACAGCUGA